GGGCGGGGCUCGUCUCCCUGAGCGGUGAGGGUGGAGGCCGCGGCGCGCCUGUUUCUUCUCGGCGCGGGGUUCGCGGGCGCGGCAGCGCGGUGCGGACGCGGCCUGGCCUGUCUGGGCGACUCGAGGACCCCGCGGGCGCAGCGCUUGCUGGGAGUUUGUCAUCAUCUCCUGGGAGAAUCAUGAAGUCCCAUUGUGUGGCAGUACUGGUGCUGGCCGGGCUGAUGUUCUUCCUGUGGCUUCCCGGGUCUCUGGGCUGCAACAAAGCACUGUGUGCCAGCGACGUGAGCAAGUGCCUCAUCCAGGAGCUGUGUCAGUGUCGGCCUGGCGAGGGGAACUGCUCUUGCUGCAAGGAGUGUAUGCUGUGCCUGGGCGCCCUGUGGGAUGAGUGCUGCGACUGUGUCGGGAUGUGCAACCCUCGAAACUACAGCGACACCCCGCCCACCUCUAAGAGCACCGUGGAGGAGCUUCAUGAGCCCAUACCCUCUCUAUUCCGGGCGCUCACCGAGGGGGACACACAGCUCAACUGGAACAUUGUGUCCUUCCCUGUUGCAGAGGAGCUUUCCCACCAUGAGAACCUGGUUUCUUUCCUGGAAACUGUGAAUCAGCCCCACCACCAAAACGUGUCUGUCCCCAGCAACAAUGUUCACACACCUUACUCCAGUGACAAAGAGCACAUGUGCACGGUGGUUUACUUCGAUGACUGCAUGUCCAUCCACCAGUGUAAGAUCUCCUGUGAGUCCAUGGGCGCCUCCAAAUACCGCUGGUUCCACAAUGCCUGCUGCGAGUGCAUUGGCCCUGAGUGCAUCGACUAUGGCAGCAAGACCGUCAAGUGCAUGAACUGCAUGUUCUAGAGGAUAAAGAAAUUCAGCCAAAGUGGUGUAGUCACAGAGAAGUGGGAAAAAUUACUCAGCACCAGAGCGCUUCAGAGAGGUAGAGAAUUUGGAAUGAGCUCCUUCUAAACUAUGACAUGCCCAGGAAUAUGCUAAAUUUCAUGAUUAUACCCGACCUUCCAGGCUUUCCUGCCUGCUAGCAAUACAUUACUUCGCUGGAGUGUGUGCACAGUUUGGCCAGACAGGAAACAGAUGUGCAGAAAGCCUUAAAAUAUCCAAGGCCUCACUAGCAAGCCUGAAGCCAUCUUCUUCGAGCAUCUACACUUGUUGCUGACAGACGGUUAGCAGGAGCCUGGGAUGUGGUCACGACCUGUGCCAACUCAGCUCUAGGUCCUGGAGUCUUCUGCUUGUGCUAGGGGCCUUCGCUGCUUUACAGACUGGACUCGGACACACCUCUCACUGAGCCCCCAUGGACACUCCACUCUUGAAAUCUUUCAGUCAGCUUUAGAAAGCAGGUGUUACCAUUGAGAACUCUCACAUAGCAGAGAUUCUCUCCCACAGGACACUGGCAGUCGCCACUGUAAGGAACAUGUCCCCUCCUUCUGCACCCACCCAAAGUGCUGGUGGUGCCUGAAAAGUCACCUUUACCAGGGCCUUCAGAUAUACCACGUGGGUCUCCCUGGCAGCUGCAGCGCCCUGGGCUGAGGAUCCCUGCCAUGUCAUAGCGCCAUAUGGGUGUCAGGGAAUCUGCUUGGCCAGCCAGGCAGCCUGGGUCUCAGCAGAGGCGUGGGGGGUGUCCAUGGAGAGGGACAGGGCAGGGCAAAAAUCUGGGAGCCAGACGGAAGACAAACUCUUUGUGCUUGCUGUUGUUAUUUUAUCUUUCAUUUGUUGAGCUUAUAUCUGAAUCUAACGUUCUCAUUAAACAAGUGUCAUUGUGUUGUAGGAAUUUAAGAUUCUGAAACUCAAAAAGUUUCUGAAACUCAAAAACCUGUUGAGGAUGGUGUCUACUCCAAAUGCACACAGAACCACCUUGUCCUCUCUGCUGGUUGUGUCUGGCACAAAGAGUCUCCUGCACUCUAUGUCCCAAUCAUCUAGCUGCAGUCAAGAUAAUAUUUAUAUGACAGUAACCUCACAAAAUUGCUGAUUACUCUAGUGCUUUUUGAAUGACAACUUUUUAGGAACACUCCUUUGUAUGUCUACAUAUUUGAGUAUAUAAAAUAGAUAAUGUUCUGGCAUAUGUUUUAUACUAUUAUUUGAGCUCUAGUUAGAUCAUUUGACAUAGUAUGAUUAAUUAUUAUAAAAUAUAAAACCUGAUACCUAUUUUCUUUCAGAUAACUCCAAUGAGUAUUCAAGGUACAUUAGCCUUAUAAGAAGUUAUGAUUUAGUUCCUGGAAGUUAUUUUAGUGGGAAGAUGUUGGGGUGUCCUUUCAUACUUUACCUAGAGUGCCUCUGUUUAAAGCGCCUUAAAAUUCUAGCUCUUUUUCAUUAGGAGAGAACUCAAGGAGAGAAAAUAUUAAAGGAGUCUGCAUCAUUUCAACCUGCUGGUUUCGGGUUAAUCUGAUACCUAUGAAUGGAGGAAUUCUUUUUUGUGUUUGUUUUACAGCAACAUUGGUAAUGUUUUCUUCAUGCUGAUAGUAAACAUAUUAACUGCAUUUAUCAUUUUUAAGAUCAUCAUUAUUAAAGAGUCAGCAUUCCCUUUCCACUCAUUAGAUGUCACAGUGGUUAAUUUCUUAAACCAUGUCACUUCAGCUGGUUUUUCCACACGCUUUCUCCUGCUAGAAAUUGUCCCCAGUGGGAUGAUCUUUCAUAUUUAAACUUGUUUAUUUUUCCAAGUUUACCAAGCGGUUGAGAAAGACAGAGCUCACCUAAAAGCUUCCAUUUCCAGUUCUGAAAUGCUUUCAAGGUCCUGAAUAAGUCUUUUUCCAAAGUGAAAGUGACACACUUGAGAAGCCCGUCGCCUGGCUGUAACUUGGACCCUUCAUCAUUCCAGUAUAUUCUUCCUGCCUUGAAGCUUUGUUUAAAAUUUCUUUUUCUUUUUAAUAAAAAAUUAGGUUGUUACUUGUAGUCAGACCCCAAAAUACUAGAUUUCCAAUCAGUAGGUGCUGUAGAAGCCAUAUGUGAAAAGCCUUUUUUCUAUGCUUGCCAGCGGGGUGCUCUGCUGCCUUCCUCACAGCACUAUUGCUGCACCUGUGUUCAUAAUUGUCACAUCAAGUCAAAUGAUCAAAUAAAAUCUAAUGUAUGUUUCUUUGUGUAGAAGUUCGACUCUAAAGCUUCAGAAAACAAAAAAUUGUUUGACUGAAAAAAUAUUUAUAAAUCAGAAUGGCAUUGAAAGAAAAGAAGCAAAAGUGGAAAAUUAGGUCAACACAAGCCACAUUUUAAAGUUUUUUUAUGAAAAAGCUUCAGAGGCCGUUAAAAUCUAUUCUGCACCCCGGUGUCUUUGUUUGCUGUAUUUUAUAUGACUUACAAUGUAGAAAAGUGUGUUCUUUGUUGUCUUUAGAAGCAAAAGCAUAUUUUAAUAAAAAAGUGAAAUGA